GCGGAGGCGGAGGCGGAGGCGGGUGAAGCAUCCCGCAGCCCGGGGCCGCACCGCUCCCGGCCGGAAUGCCGGUGAACUUUGCGGCAUGCAUGAAGUGGGAAGAAGUCAGCGCGGGGGAUGUGGGGAAGGAGGGUUAUUUAUAGGGGAAGCCAGGUGCAGCCCGCACCCCUGGUCCCGGUGGCAUGCUAAUUUGGUCAAAGACUUUUUUUUUUUUUUUUUUUUUUUUUGCCCGGCUGCCCCUUCCAAGUGAAUUAGACAUCCUGCCGACGAUGAUCUUAUCAAAUUAAUGUAAUUAGACUGCAGACAAGUUACAACGUGGCCGUUUUGGGUCCCCAGGAUGAAGGAUGAAGGUGCAUUGCGGGGGUGGGAGCACUCGGGGCUGCCUGCAAACGUUCCGUGCAUCAAGAAUCGCUGCGUCCAAGUGUAGCGGCAGCCGGAGGCAGGACAGACCCCAGCUGAGUCCUCGAACGGAGGUGGGAGAGUCAGGGAAAACGAGCGGGGGUAGGAACAGGUUUGGAGUAGGAGACCCGUUCAUGUGUUGUCAGCAGCAGCGACCCGAUCUCCGCGGGCAAAGGCACAGAGGAGGAAGCUCUGAGACGCUGGAGCCUGGUGAAUGCUUACUGGGAUGUGGGGCAGAAGGACUAAAGAUCUGCUUGAGAAUAAAGCUUCUUCGCAUCUUUAUCUUUGUGUUAUUAAAACUGCUCAGGCACCAUAAAAAUGAUCAAAAUGCAACCAGAGGAGAUGAAAGUUAAUGAGAUAUUAAAUAAAUAAAUAUGAAUCAAAAAAGAGGAAGGAGACAAUGACCUGCCGUCAAAGCAUGAAGGACAAAAUAACCUGCUUCUUCCAAGGCAUCUACUGAGAGGUGGGAACUAGUGAGAGACAAACAAAUGGAAUUUCAAAGAGAGAGAGAAAAAAAAAAAAAA